CGUUCCUGAGGGAGCUGCGCGGCGGCUGCGGCCAGCCUUUUGCUCUGAAGGACAAAUAGUUUACCUGGAGAUAUUUAUCUAGAACAUUUGCAGACCGCCUACUGAAGGAGAUCUCAUCUCUUCCCAAGGGGAGUUUGCAGGUGAUUCAUGCCUUGUGAGAUCUGACAUACGAUCAGUCCCCCCAGGACGGGGCUGUGCAAGUCACGGAGUUUCAUCCUGUGACAGUUCUUGUGCAGGAAAAGGUGGAUGAAUGAUGAAUCCCUUCACGGUUCUGGCAGUAUUGCUCCUCCUGAGGACUUGCGACGCUACAUACUCACAGCAAGAAUCCAUUGUGUUUCCAGUAAUGUACCUUAACAUUUCCAAGGAUUUGGCUCUUCAGCGGCUGCUGGUGGAAUGGGAUGUUGGCAAGUCAGCGCAUGAUAGUGAGCUGGCAAUGUCUUUUGAAAUACAAGUCCGUCAAACACAUGAAAAUACUACUGUGUGGACAGAGUUUCAUAAUGUCACACUUGAUAAAUCAGGAAAGCCUCUUCAUUGGAUGUGGGAUUCAGAUUUACCUUUGGAGUGUAUGUCUUACUCGGUGAGAAUCAGGAGCAAAGCAGAAGCAUCAAAAAUCUGGAGUCAGUGGAGUUUGUGGGAGACUGUCCCGGGCCUGGACACUUCAGAUAACAGUGGACCACAAAUCUUUCCAAAUGAAAAAAUUGUAGAGGAAGGCUCUGACAUCACUUUUUGUUGCAUUGGAAGGAAAGGUCAAAUCGUUAAGGAAUUUUUUCUAGUCCCAGCUGUUCAUGUUUCCAGUCACACAAACAGUCAAGUUGGACUUCUCACGGUGAAAAAUGUGGCACAUCAAGAAGUGCCUCACAUCAGUGUCUACUGUCAGGAGUCUUGCAAUGAAGAGCAAUGCUAUGAUCAUGCAAUUUUCUUCGUGGGUAAACCACCUGAUACACCUAAUGAUUUUUCCUGCCAAACUCAAGACAUGAGAAUAGUAACAUGUACUUGGAGCCAAGGAGGAGACACCCAUCUUUAUGGACGUCAUUCACCAAAAUACACCUUGUCUGAAGAGUUUUCCCAAAAAACGGUUCCAUGCACAGUAAGUUGUUCGGAGCAGUGCUCGUGUUCUUGGGAUAUAGGCCAGCAAAGGAUCUGUAAUAUCACAGUGACUGUGGAAAACCCACUGGGAAAGAAAACUGCCACGGAUGUUUUUGAUGUAACUCACAGAAUUUAUCCUGCUGCACCUUUCCAGCUGUGGGAAGAAAGCACAGAUACAGAAAUCACAUUAUAUUGGAAACAUCGAAACAAAGAAAUUGAACUGUUUUGUCAGACUGAAGUGAUCCAACCUGAUGGGCAAGUAGAACUGCAUAAUAGUUCAGAUGCGCAACUCCAUUCUGGUAGCGUCACCCUAGGUGGACUGCAGCCAUACACUGAAUACACAGCUAGAGUACACUGUGGGGCAGCUAAGCAUUUCUGGAGGUGGAGUGAAUGGAGCGAAGCCCUAACCAUCAGAACAAAGGAAGCAAGUCCAUCAGGGAAACUGGACAUCUGGAGAGAAAUUACACCAGUUUUGGGGGGGCGGAAUGUGACCUUGUUCUGGAAGCAAGCACCAAGUUUUCGAGCAAAUGCAAGAAGUAUUUCCUAUGAAGUAACCUGGGAAAAAGUAGAAGAUGGCUCUAAGCCUGAAAGCAUCUCCUUUUCAUCAGUUUACAAUAGCACAAGGAUUUCUAUUGAUAACCAUUCCUACAGAAUCAGUAUAAUGGCAAAGAACAAUGUUAAUUAUUCACUUCCUUCAGUAUUGAUCAUCCCUAGAGCUACAGGCACCAAAGAGCUUAAAGAAGAACAGGUUAAUGGUACAGAUGAUGGCAUUUUUAUUUCCUGGGAGCCCAGACAUAUAUAUGACAGUUACAUUAUCGAUUGGUGUAACUUCCCAAUGUUGCAGCCCUGUGAUUUGCAGUGGAAGAGAUUUGGGCCCAACACUUCCAGUGCUCUGAUUAACUCAGCUGCUUUUGUUCCGGGGGUGAGAUAUAACUUCCACGUCUAUGGAUCUGUUGCUAAUACAGCCUCCUUACUGGAGAGGAAGACUGGUUAUCUCAGGGAGCUACCUACUCUGCUUGACCCUGUUGUGGAAAAAGUUGAACUGACUUUCAAUGCAGUAACACUAUCUUGGGAUUCUUACCCCACAAAUAAGUCACAGUUUGGUUUCGUAAGAGGCUACCAUGUUUACGUGUCACCUAUACAAGAGAAAUGCAGUUUGAAAGGAUCCAAAAAACAUGUUCUUCCAGAUGGUUCAGUGCUAUGUAAAUACACAAUUGAAAACCCAGAAGAAAAGAGAUACACCGUGAAACACCUAUUGUCGAACACAAAAUACAAACUAGUGGUUAAAGCAUAUACAAGUGGAGGAGAGACUCCCAUCGUUAACUUUAUAUACAUAGAUACACCGUUUAACUCAAAUGUGCUGUACCUUCUAGUCCUGCUAGUGAUAGUUCCAUCACUAGUAGCAGCUAUAUGCCGCUGGAAGAUGAAGUGGGUGAAGGAGUGCUGCUGUCCUUUAAUACCUAGUCCUAACAAGAGCAAAGUGCUGUCAUUCAAAGAGGUUACGAUCGGUUCUGAGAAAGUAUUGAAAAUAAGUGACUGCAUUCCUGACAUGCUAGCAGUGGACAAUAAGGCCAAAGCCCAGAAAUUACAUCCAUGGAGCCAGUUGUCUUCAACACCAACAGAAGAUAAGAUUGGUGGUCACAAUUCUUCCUGGAUUUACCCUAAUGAAAAUGGAGAGAGAGACUUUACGCCCACACCUACACCUCAGACUCAUACUUGGUUUGAAAAUUUUGCUUAUUCUUCUCAUCUUGCAGUUGAAUCUGAUCCCUAUCAUAUACCGGAGACACCAGAACCAAGCAAGCCAGAACUGUCAGUACUGUUAUACCAGCCACACUACUACUUUGAUAUUUUUAAUAAAGAUGCUGCCUCAACACCCAGAGAAACAGCUGGCAGAAAGACCAGUCUGAGAUAUAUUUCACAAACAGAUGUGCACUGCCUAGGGAGGAGGCUUUGAUGUCCUCUCCUCCAUUGAGUAAAUCCAGUAUUUGAUUACACAAUAUAAAUAAGAAUUUCUAAAGCCAUAACAGCUUCUUUCGAUGAAGGCUUUCACAAGCCCAACUUCUGUUAAUGCUGCAAUGCUCUUGCUUCAGGACUAGUUUAAAAAUACUGACUUGUGCACAGGAGUGAUGUAUGCUAUGGUUUCAUCACAAUUUAUCGGAUUAUGUAAGAUUUGCAGGCUGUUUUGCGGCCUAUAUUAUGUAUGAAGUUAGAUCACAGCAGUUUCUCAUAGCCUGAUGCGGAGAACUACUAUAUUUUGCAGCGAUUAAAAAUUUAUUUGGAAAGUAGAGGAGCAAGUUAAACAAGCAGGUAGGCUGUUGUGCUCAAGGAAGGUAUUCCACUUGCAGUAUUCUGUGUGCACUAUGUGUUCUGGCCACCCCUAGCUAGCGUGUAUUGUGCAGCUGUGCAUGGAGCACUACCCAGCUCAGAGUCUGCCUCAGCCCAGUAACAGUGGGAUGGUGGGUUGUAUUUUCUCUCUCUCAAAUGAUGUAAGGAAUCAACAUGGAAGGGUUACCUGCAUUCAGUGUGGUGCAUUCCUGAAAGAUUAGAAGGAACCUAGAGAAGUUAACCCUGUGCACCAAAAUCCAAGAUCAUCCGGCUUUUACUUUACCUGUCUUCUAACUACAUUUGAAAACAGAUUUUUGUAGUACAGUCCCCUGUUAGUGGGCUGCUGCUCCCAUUUCUGGUAACUGGGACUCCUCACACAUCUGCCUUCUUUGCCUGGAAGAAUCACCCUUUAAAAUCCAACACCCCCCCCCCCCAAAUCCUCUUAACUAAACAAAGAAAUGUGGAGAGUGGAAAAGAACUGUUUUUCCAGCAGGACACCUCUUUGCAGAGCUGUUACCAUGGCACUCCUUCUCUGCUUGUGCACAUGAACUUCACUUCUUUUGGCAUUAACCCCUGCACUUCUGUAGCAAGCCCCAAUCAACCUGGUAAGCAGACACAGUAGUCAGAUGCAUAGGUGUAUAAAUCCCAUUUGUGAAAAACAUCAUAUUCAGGUUGCAUAUCAGCUAGAUCUUCCAACACUACUUUUGCACGUAAAAAAAAUAAAAAUAUAUAUACAUAUAUAUGUUUUUCAUGGUAAUGCUUAGAAUCCCUACAGUAGGCACUGGUACAUUUAGGUCUUCCAUUCCGAUUUCAAAAAAUUGUGUAUUUGUAAUGAAUCAGAAUAGUUGUAAUUCUAUCUGAAAGUCUCAUCAGAUUAACCUCCUCAGUGCACAAGGAACCUUUUGGUUUUGCCUAAUUAUGACGCUGUCUGGCAUCUUUCAAAAACAAAAGAAUUCAACUUAAGAGCUAUGAUGGUGUGCUCCCCCUGCCCCAACCUGACCUCUAUUGCCCGUAACUCCACUCAAGCGAUAACCACCAGUGGCGUUAUAAUGGAUGCAUCUGGUCGGAAUGGCAGCAUCCAGCUCAAAGUGGAUUCAGGGGAAACAGGUAACAACGCAACAGCCAAAGGCUAAUGUGCCAACCAAAAUAUGGCUAGUAUGCAAAUAUCACUAUAAGUCAAUUAUCUUACUCCAUAAAUAGCAGGCAGCUAGCCCAGGGCCCAUUGAGCUCUUCUGCACAGCAGUGGACUGCACAGCAGGAUCUCCCCUUGAGCAGGGACACCUCACAAGGUUACUCCUCAAGGUUGAGAGAUUCCUUGCCACAACAGAUUCUCAGUAAGUGAAUUGGGAAUAAGAGCACUGAAACUUUGAAGUCAUAGCUAAAUGUCCUCUAUGCGGUAAAUACCGAAGCAUACCUUGCCCUCGAAUCCUGUAAACCACUGUCGCAUUUACCACUGAGCUUUGUUAACUCACUGUCUUAAUCAAUAAAGUACAUUGUUGCUUCUCUCUUGCCAGUGAAGUGCAUAACUCCAUCUGCAA